AUGGCAAAAAACAUCUUGAAAAAAAUUAUUUUCUCCGCUGAAGCACCAAAGGCAGUUGGUCCUUACAGUCAGGCCGUGGCUGUAAAUGAGCAUUUGUUCCUAUCUGGUCAAAUAGGAUUAGACCCUGUUACCACAGCCAUUGUUCCUGGCGGCAUUGAGAAUGAGACAGAACAAGUCUUGAAAAAUAUGGGCGCUGUAUUGAAGGCAGCAGGAGCUGAUUAUGAAAAUAUUGUGAAAACGACCAUACUACUUGCUGACAUAAAUGACUUUGCUACAGUCAACAAAAUAUAUGAGAAAUAUUUUCCCAGCAAUCCCCCCGCCAGAUCAUGUUAUGCUGUCCAAGCUCUUCCAAAGGGAGCAAGAGUGGAGAUUGAGGCAAUAGCAGUUCUUGGAAAAAUUCAAUCAUCACUUUGA